AUGGCGUCCCGCAAGACACAGCCACAGCCACUACAGCAUCGGCCGGCCGUCCCCAGUACAGACCACACGCCCGUCCACAGCCCUGUCCACGACCAGAGCCCAGUCGUUGAAGAGCUCUCUACAGACGACGACCACGACGACCACGACUACGACGAUCCACCAGAAGAAGAAAUUGUCGAGGACGAGCACGGCCGCAGUAAGCAGGGCCCCGUUCCGCUGUCGUCGCCAUCACCAUCCUCUUCCUCCCCGUCUGCGGCCCGCACCGGCGAGCCGCGUAUCCAAACACACUUUCACGACCGCGGCAAGCAGCCGGCCUACGUCGCCCCCAUCCCCAAGAUUGGGCGCAUUCCAUCCCUCAGCCCCAUUGCCACACCCAAGGACAUACCCAAAGACACGCCCAAAGACACAGCGUCCCCCGACGCCGUCCCAGGCAUCUCCAGCUAUGGCCGCCCGACGCUGCCGCGCUUCCUGACCGCCCGCCUCGUCGGCAAGCCCAUUGACGAGUACGGCGACGUCUGCGACGGCGACGACGUCCUCGGUCGCGUGGCCGGCGAUUUGCCGAGCAUGGUCGGCCGCACCAUCAGCAACGAGAACGGCGACGUCCUGGGCGACGACGGCCACGAGCUCCUCGGCUACGUCGAGCACGUCACGACCGACGCUGAACGGCGGUCCAUGCAGGAAGCCCGGCGGCGACGCGCAGCCGCGGCUGCCGCCCAGCCGCUCGACGAGUUUACCGGCGGCGGGUCGAGCGCGUUCCGCGUGGAUGCCGACGGCAACAUCCUCGACGGCCAGGGCAACAUUGUGGGGCGGAUGAACAAGAAGGGGGACGGGGAGGACGAGGACGGCAACGACCAGACGAGAACGAAAACACAAGGCGAGCAGAAGGGCGGGUCACCGCCCCGCGUCAACGCCGAGAGCUACCGAAAGGAAGGCGAGAGCCCGUCCGACAUCUUCUUGGACGUCAAGUCCACCACCGAAGGCAUCCAGCUGACCAUUCGCAUUCCCACCGUCUUUCCCAACACCGGCCAGCCGCCCAAGAUGCCCAACAUUAGCUUUACGUGA